AUGGUCAGGUUGCGGGAGAUCGCGCGAACCGCCGCCUUUGCUUGGUCGCCUGGCUCUGAGAAGUCAUUGCUUGUCACCGGCACCCGGGCUGGAGCCGUCGACGCCGACUUCUCCGACGAGACGAAGCUGGAACUAUGGGAUCUGAGCCUCGACAACCAGGAACAGGGGCUUGAGCUCCAACCCAUCGCAAGCAUCGCUGCCGAUUCGAGGUUCUAUGACAUUGCUUGGGGCCAGCCCUCAGACGAACACCCGCAAGGCAUCAUUGCCGGCGCCCUCGAAAACGGAUCGCUCGACCUUUGGGAUGCCGAGAAACUCAUCUCUGGCGCAUCCGACGCCCUGAUAUCGCGAACGACGAAACAUACGGGAGCAGUCAAGUCGCUGCAAUUCAACCCACUGAGGCCGCAGAUUCUCGCCACUGCCGGAGCCAAGGGAGAGCUGUUCAUCUACGACGUUAAUGACCCUGAGAGUGCCUUCCGACUGGGCACAUCCGCAGCUCGAUCCGAUGACCUAGAAUGCGUGGCAUGGAACGUCAAGGUUGCCCACAUCCUGGCCACUGGAGGCUCCGGUGGAUUCGUAACUGUUUGGGACUUGAAGACUAAGAAGGCGUCUCUGACGCUCAACAACAAUCGGAAGGCCGUCAGUGCUAUUGCCUGGGAUCCGAACAAUUCCACCAAGCUCUUGACUGCUACACCGGAUGAUACCACCCCGGUCAUUAUGAUGUGGGAUCUGCGAAACUCGAAUGCGCCUGAGAGAACGCUGCAAGGUCAUGAGCAAGGAGUUUUGUCAGUGUCUUGGUGUCAACAAGAUGGGGAUCUUCUUAUUUCGAGCGGAAAGGACAACAGGACUUUGAUCUGGAACCCACAAACUGGAGAGCGGUAUGGAGAGUUCCCCGAGGUUACCAACUGGACCUUCCUAACGCGAUUCCACCCUUCCAACCCCAAUCUCUCGGCGACCGCUGCUUUUGAUGGGAAAAUCACCGUCCAGACUCUCCAGAAUACGAACCCAUCGGCUGUUCAGAACACGACGCAGCAUAAUCUUGAUGGCGAGGACUUUUUCACCCAAGCGCAAACACAGCCACAAGGAGCUGCUUUCUCCUUAGCGAAGGCGCCCAAGUGGCUCGAGAGACCUGUUGGCGUGUCCUUUGGGUUCGGCGGAAAACUCAUAAUCUUCAAGCAGAACGCUUCUCAACCUGGUCAAAAACGUUCUUCCAAGCUUCAAAUUUCUCAGUUCUCUGUCGAUUCGGACAUUGGUACAGCUACCGAAAAGUUUGAACAGUCUCUCAAGUCUGGAGAUGUUGCUGCUAUAUGUGAAUCCCACGUUGAACAGGCCAAUACGGACGAGGAGAAAGCUGGUUGGCGUGUGAUGGAGACCCUACUUGCGGGGAACUCACGCAAGCAGAUUAUCGAUUAUCUGGGAUUCAACGAGGACGAAGCUACUAAUGGUGUUGAAGAGCCUGCGGAAACCAAAGAGGAGGCUAAGCCCGAGAAGAAGGCCUUGGACGUUUCCAAGACUCACAAGAAACGUAUCUCGACCUUUUUCUCGGAAGGGGUCGAAGGCGACGGCGAAGAUUUCUUGGCCAACCUGUCCGCUACCAAGGGCGCCAAGACAGACAACCCCUUCCAACUUUUCAGUGACGGCGAUUCUGCUGCUGAGAAGCAGAUUACGAAAGCUUUGAUGUUGGGCAAUUUCGAGAAGGCAACGGAGACUUGUCUAAAAGAGGGCCGAAUGGCAGAUGCUUUCAUGAUUGCCAAUUGUGGUGGCAAGGAUUUGCUUGACAAGGUGCAGUCAGCUUACCUGUCACAGAAGACCGGCAUGCCUAGUUACCUACGGCUCCUGAGCUCUGUCAUCGUGAAGAAUCUUUGGGACUUGGUCUACAAUGCUGACCUGGCAGAUUGGAAAGAGACCAUGGUAACACUCUGCACAUUCGCAGAUCCCAACGAGUUCCCCGACCUCUGCGAAGCCCUGGGAGACCGUAUAUACGAGUCGGAUUCCAGAAAGGAUGCUUCAUUCUGCUACUUGGUGGGAACCAAACUUGAAAAGGUUGUCGAUAUCUGGAUCGCCGAGCUUGAGGAGGCCGAGAAAGAGGGCAUGGCGGAGGGCAGCGACUCUACCUUCUCUGUUCACGCUAGGUCCCUGCAGCAAUUCAUUGAGAAGGUCACUAUAUUCCGCCACGUGACCAAAUUCCAGGAUAGCGAAACAGGUCUGCUUUCAGGCUGGAAGUUGGCUUCGCUCUAUGACAAGUACGUCGAGUACGCCGAUAUCGUUUCAGCACACGGUCAACUAGCCGUUGCUCAGAAAUACUUGGAUCUCUUGCCGACCAAAUAUCCUGCUGCGGAUAUAGCUCGCGAGCGUGUGCAGCUUGCGACCAAGAGAGUUCCCACUCAGCCCGUGGCCAGACAGCCUGCCCAACGGCCUGUUGUUAGCUCGCAUGUGGCAUCUCGCGCACAGCCGGCAAUGGGAAGUUUCCAGCCGUCUCAACCCACCUCUGGAACCAGCCCUGGCAUUCCAUAUGGUCCUCCAGCUACCCAAACCCAAACCCCAGUAGCAACCCCAUAUGCGCCCCCGAAUGUCGGGCAUCCCUACGCCCCGCAAGGAUACCAACCACAACAACCCCAGGUUUCACAGAUGCUACCGCCGACCUCCGCUUACGGUGCUCCGGCCCCGUCGUUUGGUCCUCCCAGAGGCUCGACCCCAUCAACAAAGCCCCCUCCGUCACGAUCUGUUGAUCCUGGCAGCUGGAACGACGUUCCCAUGGUCGCGCCCAGGCCUCCUCCCCGAAGAGCUACGCCGAGUGCGAGUGCUAUGACAACGCCUUUCCCGAACCAGGCGAAUCAGUCACUGCCACCACCACCUCAAAGUCCCUACGGUUCUCAUCGGGGUGCAACACCGCCUCCUCCUCCCAAGGGGCCUAUGCCGGGCAGGGUGAUGUCGCCUUUAAGUGGUCCUCCACAUGCUGGCCAGAUACCGCCCCCUCGCCCCGGAUCUGCUACAACAAACCCAUAUGCACCACCUCCAGGAGCACAAACCCCUAGUGGUGGGCCCGGCCUGCCUCCGCCGCCAACAGGCAACUUCGCUCCGAGAACGGCUUCUCCGUACAACCCUCCCCCAGGAGCAGCGGCGCCCACAAGCCGGUAUGCUCCGGCCCCGACGCCGCAACAGGGCAACCAGCCUUUCCAGCAACCAGGCAUUGCUCCUCCUCCCGGUGGCAACCGGGCUCCGCCACCAAACCCGUAUGCUCCGCCUCAACAGGCAACGCCGAGCCAGUACACCCCAUCUCCUUAUGGAGCUCCAGCGAUGCAACAAGGGCCGCCGAUACAGCAAGGGCCACCUCCCACCGGACCUCCACCGUCGAGUAGUGGCGGCCCGCCACCUGCAACAAGCUCACCUGCUCCACCUCCCGCAAGAACUGCAGCUCAGCCCGCGGCCAAACAUCCUCCUGGUGACCGUUCCCAUAUCCCCGUCGACGCUCAGCAACUGGUCGACGUCCUUGGUCGCGACAUGCAGCGCGUAGCCAGCAAAGCUCCAGCUUCUUUUGCCCCCCAAGUGAAAGACACGCAGAAGCGACUCGGGCUGCUAUUCGAUCACCUGAACAACGAAGAGCUGGUCAGGCCAGAUACCAUCGAGGAGCUGACUAAGCUUGCCCAGGCGCUGGAGAGCAAGAACUACUCCGAGGCGCAACGGCUGCAGGUCGAGAUUCAGCGGGACAAGACUGACGAGUGUGGCAACUGGAUGGUUGGGGUCAAGAGGUUGGUCCAGAUGAGCAAGGUUACGAACUAA